CCGGAAUUGGUGCCUCUGUUCUUGAAAAUUGAAGUCAAAUCUCGAAAUUUUGUAGCAGCCAACAUACGACGGCUUGAUCAAGCCAAUUCAACGCGCCCUCAUAGGCGGCCAACACUAGUUUAAAUCCGCCCGCAACUAACGGAAGAGCCUUAGUUUCAGCGAAGAAGAUCAUCAUAAUUUUUUUUACGAAUAUCAGACAUCCCAAUGAGUUCACACCACCUGAACGAACAAGCUGGCCUCGAGGUCGUGCAGGAACCCGAAGCCCCCCAAGUUGUCGAACAGCCCUGGCACUGGCAGAAACAGUUGGAUCCCAGCAAGCAACCAUAUUCGCCAUAUGACCAUGGCUUCAACGGCGAUCCUCCGGCCAAGACAGGCCGCAGCCGCAUCUGCGGCUUGCCGAAGAGGUGGUUUUUUAUCUUACUUGGUAUCCUCUGUGCGCUGGUGGUUAUUGGGCUGGCAGUAGGUUUGGGAGUUGGUCUAGGAAUGAGGAAAAAUGAUUCAACAGACAGCGGCACCUCAACAGCUGAUGCAAUCACAACCUCAACCACAUCAACCGAAACGAGAAGCACGGCGACAAGAGCAACAGAAACAACGGGAACGACGGAAUCGACAGAAACGACAGCCACAACGGCCACAACAGAAGCAACGAGCACUGCUUCGUCGACAUUCAGCUGCCCCAGCUCUGUCUACACAGCCCCCGAUGACACCAAGUUCAAUGUUACUUGCGCCAUAGACUAUAACUCUGUAGUGAAGGGCACGGUGGAUCUUAAGAAUUUUGACACCGAUACGAUGGUGGUUUGCAUUGAUACCUGCGCGAAUAAUACCAUGUGCAAGGGAGUUGGCUAUGGAGAUAAUGGCGGUGGAAAGAACACCUGUUGGAUGAAGUCUGCGCUAGGAACACCCCAAGAAGCAGAGCCCAAAUGGUUGUUUGCCGCGAAAGACGAGUAAUCACACAUGGACUAAGUUAUUGUUACCAUUAGAUCUGAGGUAAUUAAUUAAGUUAAUUCUAUUAUUA